GCCGCGGCGUCGGCACGGCACCCAUCGAGGAGUCGGCGUUCGACUCCCAGCUGGGUCUCCGUGCCCGCGGCGCCAUUUUGACGCGGGACGGGGCGGCGGCAGCACCGGGGACGGCGUGGCGGGACCCUGCGGCCGGUGGGAGAAGGACAACUUGCUCCUAGCCCGCCGUUCCCUAGGCACCUCGAGCCGGGCCCUUUGCAGUAGCGACCCGCCGGCGGGAGGCGGCGGCGGCUGAGGAGGGAAGAAGAUGCCGGGGAAGCUGAAGGUCAAGAUUGUGGCAGGGCGCCAUUUGCCAGUGAUGGAUCGAGCCAGCGACUUGACGGACGCCUUUGUGGAGGUAAAAUUUGGAAAUACGACAUUUAAGACAGACGUGUAUCCUAAAUCACUCAAUCCUCAGUGGAAUUCUGAAUGGUUUAAAUUUGAAGUAGAUGAUGAAGAACUACAAGAUGAACCUCUCCAGAUCACAGUUCUUGAUCAUGAUACAUACAGUGCUAAUGAUGCCAUUGGCAAAGUAUACAUAGAUAUUGAUCCUUUGCUCUAUAGUGAAGCAGCCACAGUUAUAUCAGGAUGGUUUCCCAUUUAUGAUACCAUCCAUGGUAUACGUGGGGAGAUCAAUGUGAUGGUCAAAGUGGAUCUCUUCAAUGAUUUGAACAGAUUUAGGCAGUCAUCUUGUGGAGUCAAAUUUUUUUGCACUACAUCCAUUCCCAAGUGUUACAGAGCAGUAAUAAUUCAUGGAUUUGUGGAAGAACUUGUAGUUAAUGAAGACCCGGAAUACCAGUGGAUAGACCGAAUUCGUACACCACGGGCAUCGAAUGAGGCUAGACAAAGACUGAUUUCACUUAUGUCAGGUGAACUGCAAAGGAAGAUCGGCUUGAAGGUACUUGAAAUGAGAGGAAAUGCUGUUGUUGGUUAUUUGCAGUGUUUUGAUUUGGAGGGAGAGUCUGGACUAGUAGUACGAGCCAUAGGAACAGCCUGUACCUUGGAUAAAUUAAGUAACACAUCAGCAUUCUUACCUGCAUGUAACUCUCCAUCCAAAGAAAUGAAGGAGAUUCCCUUCAAUGAAGAUCCCAAUCCCAAUACUCAUUCAUCAGGACCCUCCACCCCUCUGAAAAACCAAACCUAUUCCUUUUCACCUUCCAAGUCCUACAGUCGACAGUCCUCUUCUUCUGACACAGAUUUGAGUUUGACACCCAAAACUGCACCUUCCCCACAGGGACCUAGGAUUUUCCUGUUUCCCAGCUCCCCUACACUCUCUUGUGAUUCCCCACAUCUUAAAAAGUCCUGUCUCCUCCUCUCGGGGUCUAGCCUUAACCCUCUACACUCUAGCCAUGUCAGCCCAGUUGUUCUGAGGAAAAGUGUUUCUUUCACUGAAGAGCUGCUUCUGGCUGCUUCUGGAAUGGGCAGUGGGAGUGCUGGCAAAGAAGGGGGGCCAUUUAAAACUCUCUUAAGACAACAGACUCAGUCAGCUCUGGAACAAAGGGAAUUUCCGUUUUUUACCUUGACGGCCUUCCCACCAGGCUUCCUUGUCCAUGUUGGUGGUGUUGUCAGUGCACGUUCUGUGAAGCUCUUGGAUCGCAUUCACAAUCCUGAUGAACCAGAGACACGAGAUGCGUGGUGGGCAGAAAUCAGACAAGAAAUAAAAUCCCAUGCCAAGGCAUUGGGUUGUCACGCUGUAGUGGGCUACAGUGAAUCAACUAGCAUUUGCGAAGAGGUCUGUAUUUUGUCUGCGUCUGGCACAGCAGCUGUACUGAACCCUAGGUUUCUUCAGGAUGGCACCGUGGAAAGCUGUUUGGAACAAAGGUUGUCAUGGCAGCCUGGCUUCUUUUCCAUAGGGUCAGAGAAGGGAGAGGUUGAUUUUUUUCCUCAGAGCCAAGAUAGUUCUUCUCUAUUAGGGAUGGAAGAAACUUCACCACCAGGCUGUGGAUUUUGCCAUAUACCAUAUGAUGAGCUGAACAUGCCAUUCCCUGCUCACCUCACAUACUGUUACAACUGCAGGAAGCAAAAGGUUCCUGAUGUCCUUUUCACUACAAUUGAUCUCCCUGUAGAAGCAAUCGUUAUUGGGAAGGGAUGUCUUAUUCAAGCAAGAUUAUGUCGUCUGAAGAAGAAAGCUCAAGCUGAAGCAAAUGCAACAUCUAUCAGUAAUCUCUUGCCAUUUAUGGAAUAUGAAGUGCACACUCAACUGAUGAAUAAACUUAAACUCAGAGGAAUGAAUGCUCUGUUCGGGCUGAGGAUACAAAUCACUGUGGGUGAAAAUAUGCUAAUGGGCUUGGCAUCUGCAACAGGUGUGUAUCUAGCAGCUUUGCCAACACCUGGUGGUAUUCAGAUUGCGGGGAAAACUCCAAAUGAUGGCACCUACGAACAGCAUAUAUCUCACAUGCAGAAAAAGAUAAAUGAUACAAUAGCAAAAAACAAGGAGCUUUAUGAGAUCAAUCCUCCCGAGCUACCUGAAGAGAUCAUUGGGUCUCCCAUUCCAGAGCCCAGACAACGUUCCAGGCUGUUAAGAUCUCAGUCAGAAAGCUCUGAUGAAGUUACAGAACUAGACCUUUCACACGGGAAAAAGGAUGCUUUUGUCUUGGAGAUCGAUGAUACAGAUGCAAUGGAAGAUGUACAUUCUCUAUUGACGGAUGUUCCACCGCCUUCAGGUUUUUACAGUUGUAACACAGAAAUUAUGCCUGGUAUAAAUAACUGGACUUCUGAUAUUCAAAUGUUCACAGCAGUAAGAGUAUCCAGAUUAAGCAACAUAAACCUGACAAACCAAACACUUAAUAAGAACUUUAAUGAUCUCUGUGAGAAUCUGUUGAAGAGCUUAUAUUUUAAACUACGAUCUAUGAUUCCCUGCUGCCUUUGUCAUGUAAAUUUUACAGUUGCUCUUCCAGAGGAUGAAUUAGUUCAGAUCACAGUCACAGCUGUUGCAAUUACAUUUGACAAAAAUCAAGCAUUACAAGCUAAUAAAGCCCCUACAGAAAAGUCACAGCAAAGAGCAUCUACAGACAAUGAAGAACAGCUACAAUUUCCAUUGGAACUUUGCUCCGAUCCUCUUGCUUCUCAACCAUUCUCACCAGCUAAAGAGGUCCUGGAGGGUGCAAGUUCCCACACAGGUAUUCCUGCUGCACAGAGAGCAACGUCAGUUGAUUACAGUUCCUUUGCAGACAGAUGCAACAGCUGGAUAGAGCUCAUUAAACUGAAAGCUCAGACCAUAAGGCGCGGAUCAAUUAAGACAACUGCUUCACUUGAUAAAGCAAGUCCAUUGGCUGAGGGACACUUACGGCACCGUUCUGUUCCGUCAUGCACCAAUUCCACUGUCUCGGUUGUUAAGAUGACACCUCUUUCUUUUAUACCUGGGGCAAAAAUAACCAAAUAUCUUGGGAUAAUCAACAUGUUUUUUAUACGAGAAACCACUUCUUUGCGUGAGGAGGGUGGUGUCAGUGGUUUUCUCCAUGCUUUUAUUGCUGAAGUGUUUGCAAUGGUGAGAGCUCACGUGGCAGCUUUAGGAGGGAAUGCAGUUGUCUCAUACAUAAUGAAACAAUGCGUUUUCAUGGAGAACCCAAACAAAAAUCAGGCCCAGUGCUUAAUAAACGUAAGUGGAGAUGCAGUCGUCUUUGUACGUGAAUCUGAGUUAGAAAUGUUACCAGUACAGCCUUCUACAACUGUUUCUCAACCCACAAGUUCUGGAGGAGAUGUCACAACAUGAAGUCAGAGUGAAGUAGUCUCUGGCAAAUAAAAAGAUUGUUUAAAAUGUGGGAAUUUUAGGUCUGCAUCUUCAAAAUCAGUAUCGCUCCACAACAUUAAUGACCAAAAUCAAAGACAAUCGCUGAACUUUAUCUUUCAACUUUAAUAUAAUAAUCAGGGCAGGGUACUGGCUGGGAUGUUGUGAUUCUUCUUUUAUUAUUACAGCCCCUUUGAAAUACAGGCAGAAGAUGAAACACUCAUAUGGAAGUAUAGAGUAAAAUAGUAGACAGCAAAUGGAACCUUGAUAGUAAAUAAAAAUAUUAUUGCAUUUUUAAACUGUUCAAAAGGACCAGGAUGAGCUAUAAUUCAGAACAGUCUCUGAAUUGGCUUAUUGUAUUAAUUAAAUCUGAGAUCAUUAAAAUAAAAAAAAGGGAAGAUAAUUGAGAAGCCUGUAUUAGCAGCCACUGUUGAAAGAACAAGAGAUUUGUGGACAGGUUAAUAAAAAGUGGAAUGAAGUCUGUACUUGUCUUAGAUCAUAGAGUUUGGAGAAGAAGAAGCACCAAAAAUACCACAGUUUGAAUUUCUGCACACUAAAAAAGUUUUCCAACUCUUUGUGAACUUCUGAAUUUUUUUUUUUUUUUUUUUUUUGUUGUAAUGCAUAUUUUUUUAAAAAAAUGCUGGACAGUGAUUCUGUAUUGUAAUAAUCCAUAUGGUGUAUUUUUUUUAUAUAUAUGGGUUAGGUGCUAUUAUUAAACAAAUUCAUUUCAAUGUUGAUAAAGUUUUUUCUUUUUUUUCUUUUUUCUUUCUUUUUUCUUUUUUUAAGAUUCUGCCAAAAUUGUCUUGAGGCUGAUUUUUUUUAGGGCGCAGUCAUCUUGAAAGGGUGACAUAGAAAAGGUUCUCUGAAAGUCACUUACACAAAGGUGUAACCCAGUCUCCCUUCUAUUUAGCAAAUUGGAAAAGCCUGGCUAAUAGGGGCCAAGGUAUGUUUGUGAUGUUCAUUUCUGCAAGUUGUUUUUAUUUUUCUGUACUGUAACUGGGAAAUGAGGGUACUGCAAGGAAAGACAAAGUUUUAAUUUCCAGCAAAUCUUUGAAAGACAUUGAUAGAUAAAUAUAAAAAAAAGACAACCAUUUGAUUUGAAGAUGCAUUCUUAUUUAAUUCUGACAGCAUCAUAUAUGGAACUUGAACAAAUAUGUAAACUUGAAUGUAAAUAUUCUGCUUAGUGCUGAAAUUAAGCAAUGGCAUGAUUAUUUGUUAGACCUAAUUAUUUCAUUGUAAAUGAGCAUGAAAAUAAUUCUU